CAGCACCCAGAAGUGAACAAAGCGACCCGGAAGCGGUGGUCCGACUGGAAGCAGACAGAAAGAACAUCAACCUUUUAUAUUAUAGCUGUAGCCUACACUCGCAAGACAAUAUCUGCAACCAGGACACCAGGAUGGCAGAGCCUCGAUUUAACAACCCGUAUUUCUGGCCGCCUCCCCCAUCCAUGCCAGGCCAGCUGGAUAACCUGGUGCUCAUUAACAAGAUCAAGGAGCAGCUGAUGGCUGAGAAGAUCCGACCCCUUCACCUGCCGCCUACCUCGACCCCAUCCCAGCAGUCUUUGCUGGUGCCCACCUCGUCCCCGGACGUCAGCGCUCAGCACGUCAUGUCGUUGCCGAAGCCCCAGUCCCAGCAGGUGCAGGGCCACCACCCGCAGCCGCAGGGCUCCGGGCAACCGGACAUUGCUCUCCACGCUCGCCCCGCCUCCAGCUCUGGGCCAGAUGGAAAUAUGGACGAUAAGUCGGCAGUGAAGGCCAAAGGACUGUGGGAAGACUGGCACAUGAGACAGCUCAGCGAGCAACAGGGCCGGAUCAACCAUCGCUCAGGUAUUGCAGCCGGGUGGCCUGUUGACAUGGGCCAAAAUACCGGUCUGGCUCCUUCAUCCCGACCCGACAGCCACAGCACCUCAGAGGCCCUGACCCCCACAACUCCAACCUCCAGCAGCCAGAUCCGCCUGGGCGGUGCCCCCUCUGUGAACCUCCUCUCUGGGCUGGCCAGCGGUCCUGGCAUGGACCACAUGAAAAUCGGAGGCCUGGCUGGCCUGUUGGGCCCCCCACCCAAGGCACCCCGUGGACGGAAGAAGAUCAAGGCUGAAAACCAGACUGGCCCUCUGCUGGUGGUGCCCUACCCAAUCCUGGCUGACCAAGGCUAUGGCACUGUGGCUCCCAAAGAGGGAAAAAUCUACAGAUGUAAAGUGUGCCCGCUCACCUUCUUAACAAAGUCCGAGAUGCAGUUUCACUCCAAGUCCCACACGGAGGCCAAACCACACAAGUGUCCCCACUGCUCCAAGACGUUCGCCAACGCCUCCUACCUGUCCCAGCACCUGCGCAUCCACCUGGGGAUCAAACCCUACCACUGCUCCUACUGCGAAAACUCAUUCCGUCAGCUGUCACACCUGCAGCAGCACACCAGAAUCCACACUGGCGAUAGGCCUUAUAAAUGUGCUCACCCUGGAUGUGAAAAGGCUUUUACCCAGCUGUCUAACCUCCAGUCUCACCAGAGGCAGCACAACAAAGACAAGCCGUAUAAAUGUCCUAACUGCUACCGUGCCUACUCGGACUCGGCAUCGUUGCAGAUCCACUUGUCAGCGCACGCCAUCAAAAACGCUAAGGCCUACUGCUGUAGCAUGUGUGGCCGGGCAUACACCUCAGAGACCUACCUUAUGAAGCACAUGUCCAAACACACGGUGGUGGAGCACCUAGUGAGCCACCAGUCGCCUCAGAGGAACGAUUCCCCCAGCAUCCCCAUACGCAUCUCCCUCAUCUGAGCUCCCGGCCGCUCAGCAGCAGGUCGGAUUCAAAGUCUAUGUUAGGCUGGAGUUUAUGAGGCCCUGCACCCACCGCCAUCUACAUCAGGCUUACAUUAGCAUUAUGACAGCUGACAUAAGCAUUCAGUGCUAGAUUCAGUAAACAGAUCACCUCCAUCCAUCUCGACACAGGCCGUCCGUCAAAAAUGAGCACAGCGUUAUUUUGUGAAUGUAAAAAUACAGCUAGAUGUUUGCCCGGAGGAUCGAGUGGCAAAGAAUGUCUUGCGUCAGAUUUAAUAAGCACUUUCGUAAGCGUCAUGUAAAACUGCCGGAUGCAUUGGCCAUCAGAAUUGUUUUUGUUAGAUUUGUUUUUAUUUUUUUUCCUCUUCCAUGAAAUGGGUUUCCAAAAUGUGCCAGAUGAUAUUUGCCCUUAUAAAGAAUUGAGAAAAUAUGAAAAAAAUGUUUGCUGGGUGUGUUCUGGAGACAUCCAAAGAUAAUCUUAAAGCACUUUUAGGCCUCGUGGUUUUGGCUCAAAUUGUUUCAAUCUUGUUGGAUGGGAAAUGCCAAAGGGCAUUAUUUGUGGCAGCUAAGAAUACUGUCUGUGUAUAAAUAACAGUCUUUUUCUAUUACUUUGUUUGUGUUUUUAACUCAGUUUGUGAAAGUACACAUUUACAGGGUCAUCUAAAUUUGAAGAAAGGCAAUCGCUAGAUGACAAUUGAAACAUUUAAUGAUUGUAUUAAGAAGUUGCAUUAUUGACUUGCGAAGACAAAAAGUAGAGCAACCUGAAAGGGAAGAAGGAUGAAUGUUUUCUUUGUUUUUUCCCCCCAAAAUCUUUCACUCCAUAUUUGACAUUCACCUUUACGGCACCUUUAUGAUCAUAACAUGUGAUCAAAGAAACACUGUUUUUGACAUUAUGUUUUCCUGACGUCCCAUUAACCUGUGCCAUAUAUGAACCUUAUUUAGGUUUUGAGAGAAAGCAAAUCUUGCCAUAGCUAGUGUGCUUUCUCUAGUCAGUCAAGCUUUGACUAUUAGAAGUAUUAGAAGUUGAAUGCAUUGCACAUGUAUCCGUGCCGGCUCCACUCUGCUCAUCCCUCCUUUCAAACACACUUCAGCUCAAAUUUAUUAUCUUACCCCAGUGGUACAUUUUAAACCCAAACAUUGGACCAAAAUGUGAAGUUAUGUACAGCUACUCUGACCCAGUUAAGUAUUUUUUUAACUUUAAUAAGCUUUACCCAUUUGAAAUAAACUGCAGUACAAGUCAUAUUCCAUAGGCCUAUGUUUUGAGUUUGUGUGGAGGUGAUGCUUCUCCUUUUUAAUUGUUUUUCUCCUUUCUCCAUUCUUUGUAUUGUACACAGUAUUGUUUGUUGUAUUUUUACUGUAACUUUAACCUCUGGAUGGUACUAAUAGAGUACCCUGUAUUCUUCAGGGCACUUCAGAAAAGGUGCUACGGCUAGACAGUACGCUUGAGAUGGAACUGAGAAUGAUGUAAAAUACAUAUACAGUAUAUAGUAUGUUUUCAAAAGAAUAACAACUUAUUACUCAAGCCACUGGCCUGAAAUCAGACAUUUACGCCAACAACAGACCCUGCCUCUUCAACUUAAUCUCUCUUUUGAGAUAAUGGGAAAAUGUACAUGUUGCUGUACUGUAACACAUGUUACUCAUUUAUAGUACCUAUUUUUUAGUUUUCAUAAACAUGCUGUUUGGGUUUUGUAAAAGUUUAUGUAUGAACUUACUGUAAUUAUUUUAGUCUACCCAUAUGUUAUUAAUAUUCAUGUUUUAUAUCAGUUAUUUACAUGUAAGCCUUAACUGUUUUAUCAUCCCAUUUCCAUUAAUCUGUAUUGUGUUCUGCAGUAUUCAGUCGUGUAAACAUUUUAAUUUUUUUCCUUCCGCAUGGAGUUCCUGAGCUGUAAUCUGUAUGAUAACUGUUUAACCCAUGUUCUCUAUGAAAAGAUAUUGCGUAGAUUUAUUACACUUUUUCCUGUCUUGCAUUGUGGUUUCAUAUACAGUUUUUAGACAACUAAAUAUGCACAGCCAAGACUGAAAAGUUAAACUAAGGUUAUCAAUGUUUAAAAAAGGAAAACAAGCUUUGUAUCUUUACCUUGUUUAAUAAACAGACUGUUAUAAAUUCA